CUUCCACUUGGAAACUUUAACAAGCGCAUUUAUCAAAUCCUUGCCCAGGUACAGUAGGUUGAUGACGUGUCCUGGUCCAGUAGAUUGUUGAUUUACUCAGUUCCAGUAGAUUGUUAACUUGCCCACAUCCAAUAGAUUGUUGACUUGGCCAGGUCCAAAAGAUUGUUGACUUGGCCAGGUCCAAAAGAUUGUUGAUUUGCCAAGGUCCAAAAGAUUGUUGACUUGCCCAGGUCCAGAAGAUUGUUGACUUGCCGAUAUCAAGUAGAUUGCUGACUUAUCCAGGUCCAGUAUAUUGUUAACUUUCCCACGCCUAAUAGAUUGUUGUCUUCCUUAGGUCCAUUAAACUGUUGACUUGCCCAGGUCCUGUAGAUUGUUGACUUGCCCAGGUCCAGUAUAUUGUUAACUUGCCCACGCCUAAUAGAUUGUUGUCUUCCUUAGGUCCAUUAAACUGUUGACUUGCCCAGGUCCUGUAAAUUGUUGACUUUCCCAGGUCCUGUAGAUUGUUGACUUGCCCAGGUCCAGUAGAUUGUUGACUUGCCCAGGUCCUGUAGAUUGUUGACUUGCCCAGGUCAAGUAGAUUGUUGACUUGCCCAGGUCCUGUAGAUUGUUGACUUGCCCAGGUCCAGUAGAUUGUUUACUUGCCCAGGUCAAGUAGAUUGUUGACUCGCCCAAGUCCUGUAAAUUGUUGACUUGCCCAGGUCCUGUAGAUUGUUGUCUUGCCCAGGUCCAGUAGAUUGUUGACUUGCCCAGGUCCAGUAGAUUGUUGACUUGCCUAGGUCCAUUUGAUUGUUGACUUGCUCAGGUCCUGUAGAUUGUUGACUUGCCCAGGUCCAGUACAUUGUUAUUUUUCCCCCAUCCCGUAGAUUUUUGUCUUGCCAAGGUCCAGUAGAUGUUGAGCUAGAAAUUAAGUUCAAGCCAAGUGCACAACCAAUUUACAUGAAACCUAGAAAUGUACCAUUUGCAGUAAAGGCAGAACUAGCAGAGGCUUAUGAAGCUGGAAUAUCCUAAGGAUUAUGGCUACCAGUACAGUUCAAUCAAUGGGGCACUCCUGUAGUUCCAGUAAAAAAGAAGUCUAUCUCAGGAAAAAAGUCACAAAUUAGGGUCUGUGGGGACUAUGCAAAAACUGUAUAUCAACAGAAAAAUCUAGGUACCCAAUGCCAUUACCAGAAGACCUCAUGAGGAAGUUAUUAUAGCAGGUAGACAUUAUUUCUCAAAAAUAGAUCUAGCUGAUGCUUAUAUCAGAUCAAGAAUCACAAGAGAAAUUGGCAUUAAGCACACAUAAAGGUGUAUUGCUGCAAACACGGUUACCAUUUGGUAUUACCUCAGCACCGGCAUAUUUCCAAGAAAUCAUGGACAAACUUACACAAGAUUUGCCUGGAGUAGCAGUAUACAUGGACGACAUUCUAGUGAGUGGAAAGGAUGAGGAAGACCUUGUAAUCAACCUUCGCAGGUUAUUACACAGACUGAAUGAAAAUGGAUUAAAGUGCAGGAAAGAAAAAUGCAUUUUUGCCCAAGAAUCAAUUGAAUAUUUAGGGCAUAAAUUAUCAAGCAAUGGCAUAUCAAAAGGAGCCAAAGUAGAUGCAGUUAUAUCCAUGCCAGCACCCACAGAUAUUUCCAUUCUAAGGUUAUUUCUUGGUCAAGUGCAGUUUUACAACAAGUUCUUACCAGACCUAUCAACUGUACUUGAGCCAUUGUAUUAUUUAACCAAAAAGAACGUAUCAUGGAAAUGGAAUACAGAACAAGAAGAAGCUUUUAGGAAAGUCAAGCAAUUGCUUUCUUCUGAUACAUUUCUUGCUCGCUAUGAUCCAACUCUAGACAUAGGCAUAUCCUGUGACGCCUCUAAAGUUGGAAAAGGAAGUGUUCUGUUCCACAGAUAUCCUGAUGGCAGUGAACGCCCUAUUUGCUAACAUUUCAAAAACUCUCACAGCAACACAACGCAAAUAUAGUCAGAUUCAGAAGAAAGCACUCUCAAUUAUUUUUGCACUAUCAAAAUUCCAUCAAUAUCUGUAUGGAAGAAAGUUUGUUUUAGUCACGGACCAUAAACCACUGAUAAGUAUUUUUGGUUCAGGAAAAGGAACACCAGCACUGGCAGCAAAUCGUUUACCCAGAUGGGCUCUUACCUUGAGUCAAUAUGACUUUAUCAUUGAAUUCCGUAAGUCAACUGAAGAUUGCAAUGCGGAUGCUCUUAGUCGUCUACUCUCAGGGCCUGAUGACAUUUUUGAUGGUGAAGAAAGUGAAGCAGACAUGGAUUCUGUUUGUAUGAUCAAACAAAUCAGUUCACAGAUCAGACCAACAGACCCAGGAGUCGCUGAAAGAUUUUACUGUGUCUACAGUUAUGAGAUAUUGUCAAGAGGGUUGGCCGUCCUCUACAAACAAAGCGCACUUGAACAAGGAGGCAGCUAAUAUAGCAGCUUUUAAAAAUAUUCAAGACUCACUCGCCGUGGAGUUGAAUUGUCUAUUUUAUGGUUCAAGAAUUGGGGUACCAAAAAUACUACAAGCUCAAGUUCUCCAAAUCCUGCAUACAGGACAUUUUGGAAUCGAGCGGAUGAAACAGUUAGCAAGAUUAUCCGUAUAUUGGCCCGGACUUGAUGCUCAAAUCAUGGAGAUAGGUCAAAAAUGCCAAAGCAUGCGCAGAACACGCCAGAGACCCAAACAAAGCAAGUAUCCAUCCAUGGAUGUUGCCAGAAAAACCAUGGAGUCGAGUGCAUGUCGACCAUGCAAUUAACUUUAAGGGAUCACAUUGGCUGGUGGUGAUUAGGAUAUCAUCUACAUCGACCAAAACCACCAUUGAUCUUCUGGAGGAAGAUUUUGCUCAUUUCGGCUAUCCACACACCAUAGUUAGUGACAAUGCUACUAGCUUCAUCUCAGAAGAAUUUCAGCAUUGGUGUAAAGAGAGGGGUCUUAUAUAAAUAUUGCAGGCACUCCCUACUAUCCUGCUACGAAUGGAGCUGCCGAACGACUGAUUUAAAGUUUCAAGAGUUCAAUAAAGAAAUCCUCUUUACCUCUAAAGGAAUCUCUACAAGACUUUCUGCGUCAAUAUCGCAGGACACCAUUGGCCAGUGGAUUAUCCCCUAGCCAACUGCUGAACAAUCGGCAAAUAAGAACACUUAUUGAUACUCUAGUUCCCUCUCCUGCUUAUCGAGCACAGGGACAACAUCUUAAAGAAAUAGCCACCUGCAAUGGGACAAACAGAAGUCCUAGUCGAUCCUUUAACCCGGGGAGAUCCAUGUUACGUCGGAGUAUAUGGAACAGCAACAGACUCUAAACCACGAUGGGCUCCCGGUACAAUCAUCCAAGUGAUGGGUCCACGUCUUUUCAAGGUGAAGAUUUAUCCAAAUGGUCCCAUUUGGAAGAGACAUUUAUACCAACUUCGCCCAAGGUACCGAGCAGAAGAAGAUUCAGAACCAAGUUUGGAUAUAAUGACAGGAAUAAAUCUUUAUCCAACAGCUCAGGCAGCCCUGAGUCAUCAACCGUCUACAUAUCCAGCAACUCCAAGUCCACCUAAGAAGAAGAUUAACCCUCGACAUCCAGGACCUCGAGCUACAUGGUUACUGGACUUGUAAUUGUUCGGGGAGGUGUUAUUGUGGACUAGCGGACUGGACCGUACCGAUAGCCACUGUAGUGAGAGUGUGUGUUUAUGGACCGUGUUCCGGACGCAAGCAGAUAGUCAACACCUGAUUGAGAACUUGUAUUUAUGUACAUAUAUGUUUAUGUUUUUUGUUUGAAAUACAAACAUUAAAAACGUAACAGUCCAGUAGAUUGUUGACUUGCCCAGGUUCAGUAGAUUGUUGACUUGCCCAGGUCCAGUAGAUUGUUGACUUGCCCAGGUCCAGUAGAUUUUUGACUUGCCCAGGUUCAGUAGAUUGUUGACUUGCCCAGGUUCAGUAGAUUGUUGACUUGCCCAGGUCCAGUAGAUUGUUGACUUGCCCAGGUCCAGUAGAUUGUUGACUUGCCCAGGUUCAGUAGAUUGUUGACUUGCCCAGGUCCAGUAGAUUGUUGACUUGCCCAGCAGUAGAUUGUUGACUUGCCCAGGUCCAGUAGAUUGUUGACUUGCCCAGGUCCAGUAGAUUGUUGACUUGCCCAGGUUCAGUAGAUUGUUGACUUGCCCAGGUCCAGUAGAUUGUUGACUUGCCCAGGUCCAGUAGAUUGUUGACUUGCCCAGGUCCAGUAGAUUGUUGACUUGCCCAGGUUCAGUAGAUUGUUGACUUGCCCAGGUCCAGUAGAUUGUUGACUUGCCCAGGUCCAGUAGAUUGUUGACUUGCCCAGGUCCAGUAGAUUGUUGACUUGCCCAGGUUCAGUAGAUUGUUGACUUGCCCAGGUUCAGUAGAUUGUUGACUUGCCCAGUUUCAGUAGAUUGUUGACUUAUUCAGGUCAAAUAGAUUGUUGACUCGCUUCGAUCCAGUAGAUUGUUGUCUUACCAAGGUCCAGUAGAUUAUUGACUUUCCCCGGUCCAAUAAAUUGUUGAUUGUCCAGUAGAUUGUUGUCCAGUAUAUUUUGACUUGCCCAGAUCCAGUAGAUUGUUGACUUGUCCCGGUCCAAUAGAUUGUGGUCUUCCCUAAGCCCAGAAGAUUGUUGUCUUCCCUAUGUCCAGUAGAUUGUUGACUUCCCCGGUCCAAUAGAUUGUUCUCUUCCCUAUGUCCAGUAGAUUGUCGACUUGCCCAGGUCCAGUAGAUUGUUGACUUGCCCAGUUUUUUAACCGGUUGGGGGCAAAACAAAACUUAGUCGGCUUGUUAAGGUGUUUAUUACCAGAGGCGCAUUAGUGCACGGCAAUUUAAAUAAAGCUACAAAUUCAGGUGCCCCACACUGCCCUUCCCAAAAUGACGUCCCUGCUCAAUAGAUUAUAUUUUAUUUCACCAUUUUAAUUCUUUUGUAUUUUUAUAAAUAUUUCUAGCAUAUAAAACACGGUCUAUCAUAACUGAAAGGGAGAUUAUUUUUAUUGAUUAAAAUAAUAAUUAAGUAAAAAAAAGAAUCACCAGUCAUACAAAUAAAGUGUAAAAAAAUGUUAUUGAAAUUUUUUAUAAAAAUCGAAAUUAUAUGAUUUACUUGUGCAAUAAAUAUUUAUACAAAUAUAUUUAUCAAGUUAUUUUUUUUAUUUUAUUUGCUCUCUAAUUCAAAUAUGUCGCAGUUAAGACCUGUUGAUCCAAUCUGUUCGCUGUGGAAAUGCAGAGAUUUCCUGGCCUGUUUAUUAGUAUUGCUUUGAUCUCUUUCAUCGCAAAACCUGGUAAGAUUGACUGAAUUUAAAUCUGAUAAAAACUGAGAGUGUUAAUGUUGCUAAAUUUUGUUUGACCUGUUAUACCAGCAAGUCUUUUGUCUACAAUGUUGUACAAGAUUGCCUAUGAAAUGAUUAUUGAGUAUUUCCCUCAAUAACAGCGCGCCUGUAGGUUGUGCUCACCUUAGGGCACAAAACCUGUAUUGUCUUUCUAUACAAGUUUGGGAACUUAAGUCAUGACGUCACUUCCAUUGAUCGCUUCUCGAGGCAACACGGAGUUGUUGUUUUUCUUCAACUGUAACUUUUAGAUGUUUAACUGCGGCAAUGAAUGAAUGGAUGAUUUCCCUUGAACAAACCUGCAUCCAUUGGAGCAUCUAAUGAACAAAAUAUUCAAUUAACCUUCCCGGCGGUGAAAAUUCUAUGAAGACUGUUGUUUUAAUUUGAUAAUCAAGUUACCAUAUGAUAUCUUAGAGACAAAAUAAAUCUGAUGAGUUGUCACUUGUCUUUCUAUAAAUUUCCAAAAGUAAAUGAACUUCUGGGGCAAGCUUACUCAUUGAAGUUGGGGGGGGUACUUCAGAGUUCGGGGUGGGGGGGCAGUGCCAGUUGGCUUAUUGGUGGAAAUAUUUUUGCUAAUUAUAUCUUCAACGAUCUUACCGCAUUGUGCCCCCCCACCCCUUUGCGGGACAUAGCUGAUAGAAACCCUGUUUGGGAGAAAUGAAAACUAUAUCAGAAUUAAAAUUAAAUUUCAUUUUUAUUUAUUUUAUUUUUUUUUACAGAAUGUACCACAGCAUCGGAGCAUGUCUCUAACAGAGCUUUCUUGGACCCCAUCGAUUACACCCUCGUGCAGAAGAGUUGUAGUGACGGAGUCGUCCAUCUCGUUGACCAUUACAUUGUCACUGGUUUCAUCAACGUCACCGGGUACACCCUUCCGAACUUGGCUGCCGCCUUCAUGCUAGUUUAUUACACCACUACAACACGAGGCGUGCCUCUCUGGUGGGGGGUAAGGAACGUUGGGAUUUUAAAAAAAAAAAAAAAAAAAAUUUUUUUUAUCUCUCUCGCUGUACUAAGUGACGCUCAAUUCUCGUGUCCUUAUCAACAAUCCCCGAUGAGGUCAUUUAAUUGACCAUUACCUUGUCACUGGUUUCCGCAACGUCAACGGGUACACCCUUCCGAACUUGGCUGCCGCCUUCAUGCUAGUUUAUUACACCACUACAACACGAGGCGUGCCUCUCUGGUGGGGGGUAAGGAACGUUGGGAUUUUAAAAAAAAAAAAAAAAAAUUUUUUUUAUCUCUCUCGCUGUACUAAGUGACGCUCAAUUCUCGUGUCCUUAUCAACAAUCCCCGAUGAGGUCAUUUAAAUUAUAGAAUUUCAUUGACAUUGAAGAAAUAAACGCCGUGGCUGGGGUUGUGUUUGAUUUCUGUCUCCAGUUGUGCCUGGUGGUCAUUUUAUUUUGGACAGGGCGCGAUGAGCCUGGCGAUGGCUGUCUUUCUAUGCCAUAUAUAUAAAAAUCACAACUCGAAACAAUGGAGCGUGCAAGGCGGCAGUUAAUAUUGAAUACUGGGGUUAAGAUGGGGGGUGGGGGGGUGUGGGGCGGGCUCCGGGUGGGUGUCGGAGCGGGGUCCGGGUGGGUCAGUAUGGGAUCGGGGGUGGACGGCGGGUGGGGUCCGGGGCAGCGUCCGGGUAGGGAUCGGAGCGGGGUCCAGGUGGGGUCCGGGUGAGGGUUGGGGUGGGGUCAGGGUGAGGGUGAGUGUCGGGAUCCGUUUGGGUCGGAGCGGGGUCGGGUGGGGUACGGUUGGGGGUUAGGGGGUGGGAACCGAGUGGGGGACGGGCUGGGGGUCCGGUUGGGGAUGGCGCCUGGGUCCUCCAAAGUUUAAAGUGCACCCACGUGCCGUAAAAUGUUUAAGUUUUGGCUCUGCUAUGCACAUCUCGUAAAUUGACCCUGUCUUAUAAAGCAUGCAUUCCCUUAGAUUCAAUCGACCAAAUUUGAUCUGCGGAAGGAGCAUUGCACUGAUCUUCAACAAGUUCCAUUUGCAAAAUGCGGCUGCCAACUAGAAUCGAACGAUAUCAUGCGUGUCAAGUGUAAAGUACCGGUCAAUUUAUCCCAUUGGACGAAACCGUUGCGACUCUUCUUUGUCACCUAUCAAUAUUCUGCAACUCUCCCUAAGUCCAACAACAAGGUCUACCGUAAGUUAACACCUUUCACUUUUGUUUGUACACGUUUUUAGGCGCAUAUAUUUAUUUCGCUCGUUCGUUAAAAACAUUUGGUCUACAUAAAUGACAGCGGUGUACCAAGCGUCUAUCGGGCAUGUCUGUUCAGCACGCUAAUGUAUGGCAAUGAAGCAGUGGUUCUCAACCUUCCUAAAGCCGCGACCCUUUAAGACAGUUUCUCAUGUCGCGGCUACCCCCCAGCCACACAAUUAUUUCCGUCGCUACUUCGUAGCUGUAAAUGUGUUUUCAGAUGGUCUCAGGCGACCCCCUGGGAAAAAGGUCGUGCGACCCCCAAAAAUUGUUUCCGCGACCUACAGGUUGAGAACCACUGCAGUAAAGUCACGAGCGGAAACUCAACACCUCGUGUCUCAGAUUUAUGUGGCACAUUUUGCGAAUUCGAUUGCGGGGACUAAUCCGUGGUCCUGUAACGUGCUAAACUAUCCAGCAUGUUCUAUACUCCAAGUGAGUGGCGAUUUUACUGCUAUAGGCGUUGUGAAGAGAAUGGGCGCAGGCCGUGUUCCGAAGGACAUGCUGUGUGUGCGGAGAAUUUCCCGAGGAUUCAAGACAUUUUGAUCGAGCGCAGUGGUGCUAUAAAGACAGAUUUAAAAAAAGACAUGUAGGAAGUCAAGCUUGAGAUAGGCGAGGGUGAGGUUGUGGUCUAUCCCCGUUCAGCGGGCGAACCCUAGGCCAAAGUAGAACAAGUCAAGGUUUAUUUAUUUAUUUAGGCAUUUUUGUAUAGCGAUUACCUUACAGCUCUAAGCGCUUUACAAUUAUUAAAAAUAUGUAAACUAUUUAAACUGCUAAAGUAAUAUAACAAUUAUAAACCCAGGCAGAGAGUGAAUAGACGGAAAUUACAAGAUCGUCUUCAUAAGAGCAUGUAAUGAUUUCAAAAAGAGCUACUACAUUGAAAACGAAAGAAUGUCGUUAAGAUAAAAUACCCCGUUGCGCCCAAGCCAUCCCAAUUUGAAAGAAUGUUAAAUUAUUGAAAGGCAAAAAAAAAAUUUAGACGACAUAUAUGUACAUUAUUUUUUCAUAUUUAGAAUGAUUGGAAGUCACUUCACAUUUGAGGCUUAUUUUCAUUCGCGGUAAGAUCGUUGAAGAUAUAAUUAGCAUCAUCAUCAUCGUCAGUGGCACUACAGCCCGUGUAGGGCCCUGGCCUGCUCCGCCACAUCCUUCCUUUCGGAUCGAUCCAUGUCUUUCCGUACAUCUAUCCCUCGUGUUAAAGGGCAUCAUCUAAAACUUAAGACGGAAUCCCAACUGCUAGUUGUGCGAUAUUUACGUUAGCGGCUGAAAGGCCGACACAAUCUGCCAGUCCGUGACAGUUUAUCAAAAAGUUCGGAGGUAAGCUUGAAUCUAAUUCACCUUUAUCCGUCGACGAACUUAACAAAAGAUAUUUAAAUCAGUGAGCAGAGCGAUGGCCCGUCGAAGGUAUAGGUGACGUUUUUGAGGCUAGAGUAGGUAGAUGGAUUAACAUACUCCGCCACAUCAUGGGGAUGCGAUGGAUAGGGUAAUGGAUUCUAGAGCCGAGUCUGUGGCGUUUCAUGUUGCAUAAAAAAAACAAGGUUGAAUUCUAGCCUCCAAUCUGAUAUUGUCAGCCAUGCUUUCUGUGCUUUUAUUGACGAUAACGACGUCAUUCCUAUUAGAAAUCCGGCAUGUGGAGGAGGGCUAUUUAUUAAAUAUUCGGAAAUUAAAAACAAUUUUUAAAAAGUCAAAUAAACGGUUAUGAGAGACCAAUAAUAACUGCGCCCUAAAUGUAAUCCCAGAACUGAAAAUUCACAAAAACCAUUAUCUAUAUACUAUAGCUAAAUCCUGUGACAACUAUAAUCUAAAAAUCUCUUUAAAAAAAAACCCCAGAUGUAAUGCAACCACCUGCUCCUGAAACUCUUACAAUAACGAUAACGAUUUUGUGGGACAGAAACUUCAAGAAGUGGCAAAAUUACAUAUUACACUUUCACUGUUAGUAAUACUGUAUGAUGAUAUAAACAACAUAAUCUCCAAGCCGCAGGUUGUGUUCGAACUAUUUCAAAAUAAAUGUCUGGGAGGAAGUGUAAUCUGAAAGUAUACAACGGAAUCGUUUUGCCAACACUCCUGUACGCCUUUGAGAAAAUGACAGCAUAAUGACGAUAUGAUGACCUAAGGGUCUUACAGACAGGACCGGUUCUUCAACGUUAUCCAUUCUAGAACAUAAAUUAUGUCUUCCUUUAUUUUUUAGCAAAUGCUUCUUGUAAAACCGCAGCUUCAACAAACGGAGG